AUGCGACUACCAGUGAUUCGCUUAUUCCUAUUGAAAAGGAAAUUUCAGGAGAGAUUUAAAUUGACGCUACUGAUUUUAACGUUGGGCGGAAUAAUUAUUUUCUCUUGGUUUAUUGACUUCUCCGAUAUCACCGAAUCUGAUUCGGCUCUCGUAACAGAAAAUGGACGUCUUGUGAAAUUGAAUAAAGGUUUCAACAUUUUCUUUAUCGAGACGUCGGGUCGAUCUUGCCUGACUGCCCGACAAGCGUGCGGGAUUGAAUCGGCCGCUAGAGCCAAUCCGAAGGCAACCAUCACGCUGUACAUGGAGAAAAAUCUAAUAGUCAACCUGCCAAAAAUUGAUAAAGCCCAAAAGAGAAAGGUUGAAUGUGAUAUCACUGGCGCGUUAUUCAAACAAUUUCAAAAUGUUCGAAUUGUCAGGGAAGAUUUGCUGGACUAUUUAGAAGGAACUCCAUUCUGGGAAUUUUACCGAACUGGUCCAUUCAACAAGUCGACUACUCCGCUGGUUCACCGGAGUGAUGUAAUCCGGGUAGCUUUACUGUGGAAGAAUGGCGGAGUCUAUUUGGAUUUGGAUUGUAUUGUCAUGCGUCCGCUGGAUAGCCUGAACAACACGGUCGGAACUGUUCGAGAUUUCAUUCCCAAUUGGGUUGAGAAUGGCGUCAUGGCCUUCACCGCUGGACAUCCGUUUCUAUACUUCCUCAUGAAGUCGAUGAUAUUGGCCUUCCGGUCGGACAAUUAUUUGAGCCUCGGUCCGCCUGCCCUGACGGAAGCCAUUCUUGAAUUUUGCAACCGGAAUGACUUGCCUGCGAAUAAAUGGUUGCCCUGCUGGCGGAAUUCAUCCCUUUUCAUUCAACCAGCUGACUCCUUCUACGCCAUCGGCAGUGGCCGAGCGGAUGCUUUCUAUCAGCCGGAAGUCGAUCCAGCUGAUUGGAGUAAACUGAAAAAUAGUUUUCUCUCACACAUUUAUGAUUCCGGUAGUGGACGAACGGUUCCUUCUAGUUCUCUAUAUGGCAAGUUAGCUCGGAAAUAUUGCCCCAUUAGCUACGGAAUAAUAGCAACAAUCGAAAACUAUGUUUUGUUUUAA